CAGCGCGAGUAACGAACGCGCGGAACCUUUCAGGUUCCGACCAACGUUGGCCGUGCAGUGUCUCUUGUACGUAACUCCAUUACUAUUACAAUAGUGUGUACAUUAGCCGCGCAAAAUUCCGCCAUCGGAAUCAGUCGCGAGUCGGUGCUGCGUUGUUCGGAGUUCAACAGCAAUUUCGAUAGUCGCUCGAGUGGUCGCUUCGAUCGAUACAGCAACGGCAAUUUUUGCGAGUGUGCGGCAUGAAUGAAGAUAUAAUUGUGAUAAGAUCGCAGUGAUAAUGCGAUAAGUGCUGCAAUGGUCAUUGCAGUUCCAGUUUAACUAGAAUUGAAUCAGAAGAUUGGAUUAAUCGGAGUCGUUGCACAAUAUUUUAUCUUGCAAAAAUACAGCAGCUAGACGCUCAUUGCGAACAAAUGAGAGACACAUCGAGAAGAUCAGUAACUUGGUCUCAAUAUAGAAGGCACAUACUUUGUUAUUCUGAAGCGAACAUUGCAAUCUAAGAAUCAUUGAUCUCUUUCACGAUUCUUUCUAUGGCAAAGUUAAAGUGAACGCGGACGGUAUCCAUGCGGAUAAAUGGAGGGCUGCGAAGUAUCUUUGCGUCGUAAUUCAUGCGGUUCAUUCCCGACUCGACAGUGCGGCGCGCAAGAAUCAUCGAUCUUCGGUGAUCCUCUCCGCGGGAUUAAAUCCACGUGAACAUAGCCGGAUGUUUGUGGCGAAUCAGUGAAUAGAGCGCCGUUGUGUCGCAAUUCAGCGAACUUUCCAUUUUAUUGGGCUUGCUUCAAAGAGGAACGAUCGACGAACGGCGAGACAGUUUGCAAAAACCGCGUUCGUAAUAACCGACACUUUACUCAACUCGGAAAUGUGUGACGGCGAAUUGCAGUGCGCGAGGCAGCGUGAGGCGUAAGAAAGGCGAGGUGAUAGCGCUGGUGGAUCGAUAACGCGGCAAACUUCCGCGAUCGAUAUCCUCGAGGAGAAGUGCAUCGGUGCAACGGUACGUUGCACUCGCGUCGAACGAGUGAGCGCACUAUGAGAGCGUCGUCGCCGCUGGCAUCGUCCUCGUUGUUGUCAUCGGUAAAUGAUGUCGCUAAUAAUGAUGGAGCAAUCAACCUCUAUAAACACGUGUGUUUACGAAUGUAUCGAGUGCAAUGUCAGAGCAGCGGAUCAUUUCCGGUAGCGGUCGAGCGUUUCUCGAGACAAGAAAUCCGCAAAAAAGUCGACGAUCUGCGAUUUGCAUGAUUCCGUAGGCUGAUAGCUAAUCAAUGGCGCCCGAUAAUUCGACGCUACCCACGCACGAUCGUUUGACCGCGAGUGAGAGCCGAUCGUGACGACAUCACUAGCGUUAUUAUGCCGUGUCCGUGUCGAAUGCGUCUGACGUGUGUUGGAGUGUUCACCUGACGCCAAGCUUCAUAUCGAUCGAAUAUCGCGAGUUUGAUCUGCGAAUCGGUGAAGAAGUAACAUUCGCCGUGUUGUCGCGAGAGGAACAACUGUACUCCGCGAUGCUGCCGAAGAAAGAUAGUCAAACGGAGCCAUACGCUCUGGAGGACAUGAUAUCGGAUCUCCAGACGAGGCGUCACUCGCUGGAUCACGAGGACGUUGUGCAGGACCCUGCCGAGCUGCUGAAGCAACGUGAGAGGGACCUCGUUCUUGCCGCUGAACUCGGCAAAGCUCUGCUCGAGAGGAAUCAGGAGCUAACAAAGCAAGCCGAGACUUUAGCCGAAGAGUAUUCUACUAAAUUAGAGAGUUUGGAGCAAGAAAGGCAUCUGCUGCGAAGAAGACUCGAAGAAGCUAGAGAUGAGAGUGAAGCGAGAGCUCUGGAGCUGCAGACUGACGUGGAGACUCUGAGGAGUCAGCUGGAGGAGCAAAAUGAGAGGGCGAGGAGAGCGGAACGCGAUCAAGCGGUCCUCGUUGCGGAAUUGACGGCGCAAAACACGAGGCUGGCUGAUCAGCUGAGGGAGGGCGCCAAGCAGGAAGAGCAGCUGCUCCUCGAGGUGAAGGUGCUGAGAGAAAAAUGCGCUCUCAGGAACACCACGCUGCAGGAUCACGUUAGCAGUUUGGAGAUCCUCAGGGACGAGGUGCAAUUAGUGUCGGCACAAAGGACCGAGCUAGAGAGGCGGUCCUUGGAAUUGCGGGAGGAGAGAGCCAGGGCGAUAGCGGCCCUCGAGGAAGCCGAGGAGAGAGCCACGGCCUUGGAGCGGCUUAGCCAUGAGGCGGAACACCGCGCGAGAGUGGCCGAGCAGGAGAGGGAUGAACUGGCGUCUGCGUUGGCGGCUAUCGAGGCGGAAAGGAGGGUUAGGUCUGGCUCAUUACAGAGGCCACCGCGAUCCCUGCAAGCGGAAAUGGAAUGCGAGGAGAGUGGUAGUUCGCUAGGGGAAGAGGACGGAGGUCUGAGGACGGAAGUAGCGAGGGCGACGAAGCGGCUGAGGGAGCUGUGCGCUCAUCUGAGACGCGGCGAGGACGACUCGGGCUUACAGAGCGACUGCGACGAGUCUAUGCUUGUUAUCAAUCUCAGCAACUCCGAGGCAGAAGUGAACACCAACGAGCGGGAGGCUCACCCUUCACCUACGAACUGUCCGGGUGCGCUGCUGGAGUUAGUCGAAGAAGUUUAUAAUCUCUCGCUGUCGGGCAGAGGGGCACCAGGGGAAUUGGGUCUGGCGGUGGAGCUGCACAGGGUGCGGGAAGAAUUAGAGCAUUCGCGGGAGCAAUGCAAGAUGCAGGAAGAGCAGCUGAAGCGACGCGGCGACGCGAUUCUCGAGCUAACAAGCAAACUGAGCGUCAGCGAGGCGGAGCUGCGCGGCGUCAGGGAGGAGCGCGACAGGGCUAGGUGCGACAUCGAGCAUUCCGAGCUGACGAAGGAUGAGAUUGUGGCGAAGGCUUACAAAGUGCGCGAUCAAGCGGUCGCCCGGCAAAAUCGUGUCGAGGUGGAGCUUGCCAGGACGCGGAUAGACAUUCUGCAAGCGGACAGUCAGCUGAAGGAAGCGAUCAAGCAAAAGGUCGAGUUGAGUCAGCAGCUGGAGCAAUGGCAGAUGGACAUGCAGGCCCUUCUGGACGAGCACGUGCGGAGCAAACUGACCCCGGCGUCGCAAAUCGUUGCCACGAGAAACGGAGAGAACUCGGACAUGUCGGCGCCAGCCAGGAAAAAGCGGAGCACUGGCUCGACGAGAAAGAUGUUCGGUCUAUUUUGACGAAAGUGACGUAACGCGAUAGCCUCGCUGCGUUGAACUUUACGCUAUCGCGAGCUCUCACGUAGACUGUACUUUGGGUUCCUGCGCAGCUAUUUCGUGUGUAAAAGAAUCGUAAAAGAGAGGCGAAGAGAACAUAGUGCGCAUUUAGGUGUACUUACUUUUAUAAAGACCGUUUAGAAUAGUACUCGGACCACACAUUUUUCCACGACGAGGAGAAGAAGCAGCAUUCCAGACAUUUUCUGUCACGCUCUCCUGAAACUAUUUUACAUGAUGCGUUUUGCAUCACACGUUGCGACGUGUAAGACAAACGUUGAAUCUGGAACUAAUUUUUAACUAGCGAUUUUGUAAUUAAAAGAAUGAGAAUGAACGUCGUUGACCAGACGCUAUUCCGGACUUGUGCAAGCUUCGGAAUCUACACCGACAUGAAUGUGUGUUGAAGUACGUAUAUAUCGGUGCAUGAGUGCAAGAAAUGUUGUCGCGUUGCUCGACGAGGCUCCUCCACAGGGAGCCUAUUACACCGGUGCUGAUGCUUGUGUCGAAACUCACGACUAUGUAAUUCGAAUUUAAGUGACCGGUCUACCGUCGCUUGUAAAAACGCGCGAAAACGCGCGUCCGACUUUCUACACUAUUCCCCGACUAGGGAAAGUGACCGUCUUUUUUUUCUAAAUCGUUCUCGCGCAACUCGACACGCGCUUACGCUAGGCGUCAAUAACAUUUUUCAUUUAGAAUUUUGUUGCCUUGAAUGCAGUUUUAAAUUCACCAACCAAUUUUUCAACCAAAUUUUUAAUAAUAAUUUUUAAUAAAUCUUAAUAAUUUAUUUAAAUAGCUCUAAAUUUUUUAAUUAAUGGUUAUUUACUAAAAGUUCAGAGACUGUGUUCGAAAAUGCCUAACCAAGAGCAAUUAAUGGCGCCGAGUGUAAUUAUGUCUUUCACCUUCCACUUGACACACCGGCUAGCCGCGUUUUUACCUGUCACUUUUUGUCAAGCUGUUCGAUCGAUAUAUACGGCGAACUGUCACUAACUAUCACUCAUUGACUGUUCAUACAAGAAAUAUUAAUAGCAUAAAAUUACAUUGCGGCAUUAAUAGAGACAACAAAACUAAUUAUUUUUUAUCGAAAGAAGAAAGUUGUUGUCGAUGUUUCAGAGAAACUGAAGCUAAAUCAGAAAAUUCAACUAAAAUAAUAUUUUGAUAUUAUCUAGUUAAUGUUUUCAGUUAAGAAAAAUUUUCCGCAAACAUUUCUUUAAUCUUGCUAUGACGAUUUAUUCGCUUUAGACAAAUUAAGUGGGUUAUUAGCUAAUCGAGCAUCGCUUGAAAAUUGAUUGGUCACGGGGCUUUAUACAGAAAAAGAUUAAUCGCCCGAAAGUGUCGAAAAAAUGUAAAAAAAUGUUAAUGUCCAGUCUAGUCUUGGCAAAAGUGAUUAGGAUCGGCGCAGCCGCUUUUUUUGCGCGAGGACGCGUCACGUCAUCCUAAUCAUUGAACGGAACGAAUCAUUCUUUAUGGUAAAAAUGAUCUUCAAAUGACGAGUUUUUUUAUUUUGAACUGAGUUUGCGAUCAGCUCAACAAAUAAUAAACUACGGAUAGAGUUACUUGUAUCCUUAUGUCCGUUUGCUUUGCAACGCAAGGAUAUCGAAUUGUUUUCGAUACGAAACAUUGUGAUACGCUGUGUCUUACGUUAGAAUUGAGCAGGAACGCGCUUGCUAAUUUAUUACGGUUGCAUUAUUGUAUUUAUAAAAGAAAUUAAUUAUUAUAAUAGAAAAAAUUAACUUUUUUUUUUUUAAAUUUUAUCAACGAUUGAAUCGCAGAAAUAAAUAAUUUAUAGAAAUUGCGAGACUUAAUGAAAUGAGACCUUUAUGCAUUUGUUACGCAUUUAUUUAAAAGCGAUUCUAUUAUACGGUUGGAUGACUUUCAAUAUUAAAUUAAUCGACUAUGAAUUAAUAUCCGUCCAUCGUUCCGUCCGACAGGACCAAUGAAUGAAUUAUCUAUGACAUGUACAUAAAAAAAUUGAGAUAAUGUAUAUAUUGAAAAAGAAAGUCGAUCGAUCCAGCCGUGAUCUCUGAUCUUUUAACACAACGAUAGUGCAAUACCAUUGAAAUGUUUUUACGAUAUUAAAACGAUAUUAAUAUAUUGAUAGAAGCUAUUAAUCGAAUAGUGACUGUAACGAUGCGUCUUAAGAAUCUUCUAUUUCGGAUUUCGAACUUCCGCAAAUCGAUCUUAAGAAGCAACGACGGGAUUUGAUGGCACGUGUGAUUCUUCAUGUGUAUGCGUUGUAUAAAACAGCGUGCAUCGCAAAUUUAUGUAUUUGUAAAUAAAUUGUUUUCAAAAUGAGCGUAUACACUAAUCGGAAUUGUAUAAUUGUAAAAUUCUCGAUCUGAUCAAUUAUGACGACGAUAUUUAUUUAAUAAAAGUCUGUUUUGCGAUUUC